AACAACCUCGUCGCAUGCACUCUCCCCACGCGCCGUGCCUUGGUGAUGCCGGCGCUUGGUGGCCGCUCCUGACGACCGCGACCACAUCGAGCAUCAAUCUGAAACUGCGCACAUCGACCACGAGCCGAGCACCCCGACGCGCGCGCAUCCAUCCGGCGCCUCCCUGCUGCUGCUGCGCCUCUGGCUCAGCUCAUGAACGCGCGUACUCCAACCCCAGCCAGCAGCCAUGGAUCCGUCGUCGGGCGAUCAAAUCGCCUCCAUCUCCGAGCCCGGCGUCCGUGCCGAGGGCCAGUUGCUCUACACAAUGCGUAAGGAGGUUGCGGAGCUUCUGGGCCGGCACCAGACGGGCUUCCCCGGGGCGCAACCCGUCAGCUUCGCGCGGAAACAUCUCGAGGAGCUCACCAAGCAAGAUUACUAUGUUUGCGAAAAGUCAGACGGCAUCCGGUACCUCCUGUACUCGACUGAAGACGAAGCCGGCAAUGAGACUCACUAUCUAAUUGACCGCAAGAACGACUACUGGUUCAUCACCAACCGAAACCUCCACUUUCCGCUCGAGGGCGACGCCACAGCAUUCCACUCGGCGACCCUUAUAGACGGCGAGCUCGUGUGGGACAGCCUGCCCAGCGGCAAGAAGGAGCCCCGGUUUCUCGUCUUCGACUGCCUCGUCAUGGACGGCAACAAGCUGAUGGACCGCACGCUAGACAAACGGCUCGCCUACUUCAGAGAGCGGCUGUACACGCCGUACAAGAAACUGUUCAAGGACUUCCCGGACGAGCUGCGAUUCCAACCCUUUUUCGUCGAGAUGAAACCCUUCCAGCUCGGCUACGGCAUCGAGAUGAUGUUCAAGCAGGUGCUGCCCGGCCUGAAGCAUGGCAACGACGGACUCAUCUUUACGUGUCGCAACACGCCGUACAAGCACGGCACGGACCCGCACAUUCUUAAGUGGAAGCCGCCCGAGGAGAACACCAUUGAUUUUCGCAUCAGGCUUAAUUUCCCGCUGGUCGACCCCGACGAGGAAGAGCAACGCGGGGGCAUCACGGAGCCCUUUAUCGACUACGACAGCCUGCCGCACGCGGAAUUGCUGGUGUUCCGCGGCGACAGCGGACCGGAGCGUUACGAGACCUUCAACGACCUGCACCUGACCGAGGACGAGUGGGAGGUGCUCAAGGGCCUAGGCGACCCGAUCAACGAUCGCAUCAUCGAGUGCAACCAGGACGAGCACGGCCGGUGGCGCAUGAUCCGUUUCAGGGACGACAAGAGCGAGGCGAACCAUAAGAGCACCGUGACGAGCGUCCUCGAUAGCAUCAACGACCGCGUGUGCGACCAGGACCUCCUCCGCGCGGCGGGCACCAUCCGCGACAGCUGGAAGGCCCGCCAGGCCGCCGAGCAGGACGCCAGGCGAGGAGGGCGGUAGUCCAUCUCCACGCCUAGGACAGUCGACGCCGCGACGGCCACAGAGCCGCGGUGGAGGGAGCGCCGCCAGCCCAGAAAGUGGCGAGACGAGCAGGCGGCACGAUGGCAGUCUCAGUUUGGCCUCGAACGGCUCAGCGUCCGCGAUGCGCACCCGAGUCGUGCCAACGCGUAAUGUGAUGCCUGAAGAAUUGACGCGUACGUCAAAGACAAACAGAGACAGAGACAGAGAGAGCGGGAGAGAGGGAGAGAGAGGCAGAGGAGGGUAGAGCAGGGCAAACAGGCUUGGCUUUGCACGGCGUCGCAACGGCACGGACGGGGUGUCGGUCGGUCGGUCGGUUUCUGUCGGUUGGAUAGGCGAGAAAGGCGUUUACGGCGGGUUCGGUUGCACCGUGUAGAAAAAGCGCCGCAUUGCGGCCUGGCUACGGAUCACGUUGUUUUGUUUAUUAUGUUUGUCAUUACGGCUCCUACUAGUCGGAGGAGCUUCUCGGCUGUCGUUUUCUCAGGGCCAAGCAAGGGGCGGGUCGUCUGAUUAGCAUGUAGUGCAAAUGCAAACGGCGU